CCCCGGGCUCGGAUCCCCAACAAAUCUCCCCGCCAUGUGGCUGGGCGCAGGCAGCCCGGCCCGGGUAGGGAAGGGGCCGCCGGUCCAGGGCCAAUGACGUAGGAUGAACCCUGCCUGUCCCCUCUUACUGUCUGUGAUACCGUCGUUACUGUGGCUGACGUCCGCCUUCGACCCCGCUCCCAGCGCCUGCUCCGCCCUGGCCUCGGGCGUCCUAUACGGCUCCUUCUCGCUGCAGGAUCUGUUCCCCACCAUCGCCUCGGGCUGCUCCUGGACCCUGGAGAACCCCGACCCCACCAAGUACUCCCUCUACCUGCGCUUUAACCGCGAGGAGCAGGUGUGCGCCCACUUCGCGCCUAUGGUCCUGCCCCUGGAUCACUACCUGGCCAACUUCACGUGCAGCCGCUCGAGAGACGACGAGGAGGAGGAGCAGGAGGAAGAGGGCGGAGAGUGGCCGCAGGAGGAGGGCAGCGGGCUGGAGCUGUGCCGCCCCCGCAGCCCCUUCACCUUCCUGCACUUCGACAAGAACUUCGUGCAGCUCUGCCUGUCGGCCGAGCCGUCCGAGGCCCCGAAGCUCCUGGCCCCCGCCGCCCUCCAGUUCCGCUUCGUCGAGGUGCUACUCAUCAACAACAACAACUCGAGCCAGUUCAGCUGCGCUGUGCUGUGUCGCUGGGUGGAGGAGUGCGGUCACCUGGCCGCCCAGGGAUGUGCCCUGGCCCAGCCCGGCUGCAGCUGCCAGGGUGAGGAGGAGCCGCCCCAGCGCCCCCCACCCACGACUCUGCCCCCGCCCCGCAACCACACGCUGUCCAAUGCCCUGGUGCCUGCGCUGGCCGCCGGAGAGACGGACCUGCAUUCGGGCAGCAGCAAUGACCUGUUCCCGCCUGAGAUGAAAUACGGUGAAGAGCCGGAAGAGGAGCUGAAGGUGAAAAUCCAGUGGCCCAGGUCGGCAGACGAGCCGGGAGUGUAUAUGGCACAGACAGGAGACCCAGCGGCUGAGGAGUGGUCGCAGUGGAGCGUGUGCUCGCUGACCUGUGGGCAGGGGCUGCAGGUGCGGACACGGUCGUGCGUCUCCUCCCCGUAUGGGACGCUGUGCAGCGGGCCCCUGCGAGAGGCCCGGACCUGUAACAACACCGCCACCUGCCCAGUUCACGGCCUGUGGGAGGAGUGGGGGCCCUGGAGCCUGUGCUCACGCACCUGCGGGCGGGGGGCCCGGAGCCGGACGCGGAGCUGUGUGCCGCCCCAGCACGGCGGGAAGGCCUGCCAGGGUCCUGAGCUGCAGACUAGGCUCUGCAAUCUCGCCGCCUGUCCCGUGGAGGGCCAGUGGCUGGAGUGGGGUCCGUGGACACGCUGCUCCGUGUCCUGCGCCAACGGGACCCAGCAGCGCAGCCGGCGGUGCAGCGUGGCAGCCCACGGCUGGGGCGAGUGCAAGGGCGCCCACUCCGAUGCCCGCGAGUGCAGCAACCCCGAGUGCCCAGCCGAUGGCAAGUGGGGUCCCUGGAACCCCUGGAGCCUGUGCUCCAAGACGUGCGACACGGGCUGGCAGCGCCGCUUCCGCAUGUGCCAGGGCACGGGGGUGCAGGGCUACCCCUGCGAGGGCACGGGCGAGGAGGUGAAGACCUGCAAUGAGAAGAAGUGCCCAGCCUUCUAUGAGAUGUGCAAAGACGAGUACGUGAUGCUGAUGACCUGGAAGAAGACAGCGGCAGGUGAAAUCAUCUACAACAAGUGCCCCCCCAAUGCCACGGGGUCUGCCAGCCGCCGUUGCCUGCUUAAUGCCCAGGGAGUAGCCUACUGGGGGCUGCCCAGUUUUGCCCGCUGCAUCUCUCACGAGUACCGAUACUUACAUCUCUCACUGCGGGAGCAUCUGGCCAAGGGGCAGCGCAUGCUGGCAGGCGAGGGCAUGUCACAGGUGGUGCGGAGCCUGCUGGAGCUGCUGACCCGCCGCACCUACUACAGCGGCGACCUGCUCUUCUCGGUGGACAUCCUGAGGAACGUCACCGACACCUUCAAGAGGGCCACCUAUGUGCCUUCCGCUGACGACGUGCAGCGUUUCUUCCAGGUGGUCAGCUACAUGGUGGAUGCAGAGAACAAAGAGAAGUGGGAUGAUGCCCAGCAGGUGACCCCAGGCUCGGUGCACCUGCUGCGGGUUGUGGAGGAUUUCAUCCAUCUGGUGGGCGAUGCCCUCAAGGCCUUCCAGAGCUCCCUGAUCGUCACCGACAACCUGGUGAUCAGCAUCCAGCGGGAGCCGGUGUCGGCCGUCUCCAGCGACAUCACGUUCCCUAUGCGGGGCCGCCGAGGCAUGAAGGACUGGGCCCGCCACUCCGAGGACCGACUCUUCCUGCCCAGGGAAGUCCUCAGCCUCGCCUCCUCGGAGGCCGACGAGUCGUCCUACUUUGUGAUCGGCGCCGUCCUGUACCGGACUCUGGGGCUUAUUCUGCCCCAGCCCAGGCCCCCUCUGGCGGUCAGCUCCCGGGUGCUGACGGUGACGGUGCGACCCCCGACCAAGCCCACCGAGCCCCUCAUCACCGUGGAGCUCUCCCACGUGAUCAAUGGCACCUCGGACCCUCACUGUGCCACGUGGGACUACAGCAAAGCGGAUGCCAGCUCUGGGCACUGGGAUACUGAGAGCUGCCAGACCCUGGAAAGCCACGCAGCCCACACCCGCUGCCAGUGCCAGCAGCUCUCCACCUUCGCUGUGCUCGCCCAGAUGCCCAAAGAUCUGACACUGGACCCAUCGGGGACUCCCUCCGUGCCCCUCAUGAUCGGCUGUGCCGUCUCUUGCAUGGCUCUGCUCACCCUCGUGGCUGUCUAUGCCGCCUUCUGGAGGUUCAUCAAAUCUGAACGCUCCAUUAUCCUGCUUAAUUUCUGCGCCUCCAUCCUGGCAUCCAAUGUCCUGAUUCUGGUGGGGCAGUCACAGAUGCUGAGCAAGGGCGCGUGUACCCUGACCGCUGCCUUCCUGCACUUCUUCUUCCUGUCCUCCUUCUGCUGGGUGCUGACGGAAGCCUGGCAGUCUUACCUGGCGGUCAUCGGCCGCAUCCGCCCACGCCUCAUCCGCAAACGUUUCCUGUGCCUCGGUUGGGGUCUGCCCGCCCUCGUGGUGGCGGUGUCCGUGGGUUUCACUCGCACCAAGGGAUACGGCACAGCCAGCUACUGCUGGCUGUCUCUGGAGGGGGGACUGCUCUAUGCCUUCGUGGGCCCGGCUGCUGUCAUCGUCCUGGUGAACAUGCUCAUCGGCAUCAUCGUCUUCAACAAGCUCAUGUCCCGGGACGGAGUCUCCGACAAAACCAAGAAGCAGCGGGCAGGCCCGGAACGCCCCCUCUGUGCCAGCCUCCUGCUCCCAUGUGCAGCCUGUGGAGUGGUGCCCAGCCCCCUGCUCAGCACAGCAGCCGCGCGGAAUGCCAUGGCCUCUCUCUGGAGCUCCUGUGUGGUGCUGCCGCUGCUGGCCCUCACCUGGAUGUCUGCGGUCCUGGCCAUGACCGACCGGCGGUCCAUCCUCUUCCAGGUCCUCUUCGCCGUCUUCAACUCCGCCCAAGGCUUUGUCAUUGUCGCCGUCCACUGCUUCCUCCGCAGAGAGGUCCAGGAAGUGGUGAAGUGCCAAAUCGGGGUGUGCAAAAGCGACGAGAAUGAGAAUUCGCCCGACUCCUGUAAGAACGGGCAGGUCCAGAUCAUGUCAGAUUUUGAAAAGGAUGUGGACCUUGCUUGCCAGACAGUCCUGUUCAAGGAGGUCAACACCUGCAACCCGUCGACCAUCACGGGCACCCUCUCCCGCCUGUCCCUGGACGAGGACGAGGAGCCCAAACUGCACGUGGGCUCGGAGGGCUCCCUGGGCUUCUCCAGCCUGCCGGGCAACAUCCCGCCCCCGGGCAUCCUGGUCCAGGGGCCUUCGCCGGUGCUGGGCGAGCCGGCUCGCCCCGAGGACGUCAGCCCGGUGUACAUGUGUGGGGAGGGCAGCCUGCACCAGCUGGAUUACGCCUGGCUGCGGGGCGCGGAGCCGCGGGCCGAGGGAGACUACGCGGUGCUGCCCCGCAGGACUCUGAGCCUCAAGCCCUUCGGGCGGGAGGAGGGCAAACGGGCCCGGGCCGGCGAGGGGACCCCCCGGCGCGGGCCCCAGGGGCUGGCCCAGACCGAGGGCUACCCCAGCUUCAUGUCUGUGGACCACGUGGGCCUGGGCCCCGCCCCCGCCGUCCCCCCACCCCCGCAGGCCUACGAGACCCUGCAGAACCCGUACGGGCUGCCUUUCCAGCCUCCGGCUAGUGGGCGGCAGGCUCCGGCCCCAGGGGAGCGCAGCCGCACCAUGCCCCGCACCGUGCCCGGCUCCGCCCUGAAGAUGGGCUCCUUGGAGCGGAAAAAGUUGCGCUAUUCAGACCUGGACUUUGAGAAGGUGAUGCACACACGGAAGCGGCACUCGGAGCUGUAUCAUGAGCUCAACCAGAAGUUUCACACCUUCGACCGCUACCGGGGCCCAUCCACAGCCAAGAGAGAGAAGCGGUGGAGUGUGUCGUCGGGUGGGGCAGAGCGCAGCGUCUCCAGUGAGAAGCCCAGCCCAGGGCAGCGGCCAUCCUCUCAUCAUCAGCAGCCGCCGCCGCCGCCGCCGCAGCAGCAGCGACAGCAGACGUGGAGCACGUUUAAGGCCAUGACUCUGGGCUCGCUGCCCUCCAGGCCCCGCGAGCGGCUGGAGCUGCACCGCGCGGCCUGGGACCGGGCCUUCCUGGGGCUGGACACCUCGGACGGGGACUUCCAGACGGAGGUGUGAGCCUUGGGGCCCGAGGGCCAGGGGCCGGGACGAAC